AUGGAUCCUUUCCUAAAUGAGUUUAGUCUAGAAGAGUUCCAACAACAAUGGGAAAUAGAAGAAAAAAUACUUGAUAGGCAGCGAGAACUUCUUGAAGAAUUGCAAAGGAGAAGCGAACAACCACGUAAGAGGAAAUCCAUACAUAGAGAUCAUCAUGCAGCGCAUGAGAGACUCAUGGCCGACUACUUUGCCGAGUCAUGCACUUACACUGACGCCCAGUUCCGACGCAGGUAUCGAAUGAAAAGGCCUCUCUUUCUACGAAUUGUGGACUCUAUAUCAAAUUACGAUGAUUACUUCACACAACGGCGCAAUAAUGCGGGCAAGCUUGGGUUAACACCUAUCCAGAAGUGUACGGCUGCCAUACGCAUGCUCGCAUAUGGAGUCGCAGCCGAUUCUUGUGAUGAGUACGUCAAGAUAGGAGAAUCCACUGCUAUCGAGUGUACUCGCAAGUUUUGCGAAGGGGUAAUAGCAUUGUUUCAAGAUGAAUACUUACGACGACCAAAUGUGGAAGACUUGCAGAGGUUGCUCCAAGUUGGACAGGAACGUGGAUUCCCAGGGAUGAUUGGAGGGCUUCCUGGUAGUUUGAAUGACAUAAAUGUACUAGAUAGGUCACCGGUUUUUGACGACAUUGAGUCUGGUGAAGCUCCACGGGUAAACUUCACCGUGAAUGGGCGGGAGUACAAUCUUGCAUACUAUCUUGCCGACGGAAUCUACCCUAAGUGGCCUGUCUUCGUGCAGUCAAUUCAAAUGCCCUAA